GGCUGCAGUGGAAGAGGCCGAGGCCGAUGUGGCCGAGCUGGAGGCGCAGCUGGAGAAGGAGGCCCUGGAGAAGGUGAGCGAGGCCCUGGAGCUGAUGGCGCGGAGCCAAGAGGAGCUGCAGGACAGCACCGAGGCCGCGCUGCGCCGGCACAUCCAGGCCCUGCUCAAAGAAGGUGGGCGGGGCUUGCGGGCGGCGCGCCGUGAUUGGUGGCGCGCGGCCGAGGCCCUGCAGGGGGCGCUGCAGCACCAGGCCGAGGUCCCGCGCAGGCGCCCAAUGGAGGCGCGGGAGGCCGAGGCCGCGGUGGGCGGGGCCAGAGGGGCAGCGCGUGCGAGGGGGUUGGACUACGUCCUGCAGCUCAAUGUGAUCCAGGAGAAGAAGAAGACGGAGAUGCUGCAGUUUGUCCUGUCCGUGCUGGAGGCCCAGGCCUCCUUCUUCAGCCAAGGACAUCAAUGGGGCUGCAGCACCCAGGGGUACCGGGGGGAGCUGGGGGGGCAGCUGGACCGCAUGGUGCUGGAGGGGGCGCGGCGGCAGCGGGAGCUGGAACAGCGGCACGCGGCCCUGCGGCUGCAGGACCUAUCACAGGAGGCGGUGGGCGGGGCCACGGGGGAGGCGGAGCCCGGAGCCCCGCCCAUUCAGGGGUACCUGUACAAGAGGGCCAGGAACGCCUUCCGCACGUGGAGCCGGCGCUGGUUCAGCAUCCAGAACAACCAAUUGGUGUACAUCAAGAGGGCCAGGGACCCCCCCACCGUGCUCAUGGAGGACCUGAGGCUCUGCACGGUCAGAUCCUGCCCGGACCUGGAGCGGCGCUUCUGCUUCGAGGUGCUGUCCCCAUCCAAGUGAGUGUGCCCCAUAGCGACCCAUAGCGGCCCAUAGGGACCCAUAGCGACCCAUAGCGACACAUAGCGACACAUAGGGACCCAUAGCGACGCAUAGCGACCCAUAGAGACACAUAGAGACACAUA